AUGGUUGUUCCCUUUUCGGUAAACGAUGCUAAAAGAAUAAUCCACGGAAUCAAGCACUCACUUGUAUCAAUUCCAGAUACAAAGUCCAUUCCCAUAGCAACUUUUUUUGUCUCUUGGGUCAAAAGACUUUUGUUUGUGUGUUUGUCAUCGUGCUGGAACAACAUGGCGGAUAUAGGAACAUCUGUGAAAAUGCACUUUUGCAAGCAAUGCAACAACCUUAUGUUUCCGAAAGAAGAGAAUUCGGGAGUACACAGAUCGAGACUAAUUUACAAAUGUGACAACUGCGGCUAUAUGGAAGAUGCUGGAGAGCCGUGCAUAUAUAGAAUUUCCUAUAAAGCCGAGUCAAGAUCAAUUCUUAACCUCGUGAACAACGAUAUUGUAGAGGACCCCACUCUCAGUCGUGACGAGAACAAGGAAUGUGAAGAGUGCCAUGAAAAGGGCUGUGUGUUUUUCCAGGCUCACGGUGAUGGAGACGAAGCGAUGGCGUUGAUUUUCAUGUGCAUUCAUUGUAAACAUAAGUGGAUUGGAUAACUUGCU